GUGAGAGGAGGAGAGGAGGAAGGCGGUAACGUGACGUCGGGUCUCUCUACAUGACUUUAUGCUGAGACCAGAGCGGUGACUGAGAGACAGACAGACAGAGAAACAGUCAGACAGACAGCGCAUGACUCUCAUUAAAGCAGAGAGCUGAAUAAGAAGAAGUUAACUAACUACAUUGGAGCGGAAGGAGGAGAAGGAGGACAGCAGACCGUUAACUUAGCUAUCAGACAUCUCCGCUUAUCUAACUCUCUUUUAGACAGAUAUAAUCAUAAACAUAGCUGGAAGUCUUCAGUCCAGAACACUCGAGCUAUGUUAUUUAGUCCAGACUCUUUAAACGAGUGCUUACAGGAAUGGAAAGAUCUGGAAAAGGACUACCAACAGGUCCAGGAGACCCACCGCAUGUACAAACAGAAGCUGGAAGAGGUUUCAAAACUGCAAUCUAGCUGUUCAGCCUCCAUUACUCGGCAGAAGAAGAGGCUAAAGGAGCUCUCUGACUCUCUUGAAGAAUGCAGACAGAAAGGGAACCCAGAGGACAUUAGGGAGGUAGAAUUGAUCCAGGAAUCCAUUAACGAAAGGCCAAAUGUGUUUUUUGAGAUGGAAGCUUUUCUUCCAAAGAAGAACGGGUUAUACCUCAGUCUCGUUCUUGGAAAUGUGAAUGUUACACUCCUUAACACACAGUCAAAGUUUGCCUAUAAAGAUGAAUAUGAGAAGUUUAAGCUCUACCUGACUGUGAUCCUUCUACUUUUCUCCUUCACGUGCCGAUUUAUAGUCAGCUAUAGAGUGGUAGAUGCAUUGUUCAAUUUCCUGUUGGUGUGGUAUUACUGCACCUUGACGAUACGAGAGAGCAUUCUCAUUAAUAACGGCUCAAAGAUCAAGGGGUGGUGGGUAUUUCAACAUUAUGUCUCAACUUUCCUCUCUGGUGUAAUGCUGACUUGGCCCGAAGGAGAGCUCUAUCAGAUGUUUAGGAAUCAGUUCCUGUCCUACUCCAUGUAUAUAAAUUUUGUACAGUUUCUUCAAUACUACUAUCAGAGUGGCUGCCUUUACCGGCUUCGUGCCCUGGGAGAGAGACACAACAUGGACCUCACAGUUGAGGGCUUUCAGUCCUGGAUGUGGAGAGGCCUGGCAUUUCUGUUGCCUUUCCUUUUCUUUGGUCAUUUUUGGCAACUUUACAAUGGAAUUACACUUUUCCAAAUGGCCCAGCUGCCUGAAUGGAAAGAGUGGCAGGUGCUUAUGUGUGCAUCCACAUUCCUUGUGCUGUUCAUGGGGAAUUUCUUCACAACCCUCGGUGCAGUUUACCAAAAAUACACAAAUCAGGACAAAGCAAAAGAUUUAUGAAUGUCAAACAUAAAUCUACAGACAUCAGGAUCACUCCAUGUAUUCAAUGAAAUCUGUCCACAAUGUAUUUUAUAUAAAUGUUUUAAAUUAUCUUAGUUGCAUUGUCUGUUAUUGUAUGUUGUUUGUGUUUCGGGUUGCAGAAUGUGGUCCAGUGUGCUUUCACCUGUUCAUAUUUAUUGUUUUAUUAUUAAAUGUGUGCAGAUGUCAGAUUUAAUGAUGAAUGUUAAUGCACUUCAAAUCAAAAGGGACAAAAUACAUUCAUUCACACAUUU